UGAUCCGUCGAGUGCUCCACUCCACCUAUAACCAGUUGCUAAAAACUAGAUAUUAGUUAUGGGCGGCAUUAUUACGCUAAAAGUGAAAAUUUAAGAUGGCUAGUACCUAGUCGGAGUUCAUUAAAUCAACAUAUGGUGGAGUGAUUUUUCCAGUUCUUCGCAUAGUCAUUUCUGAGUGAUAGUUUGCAGUCGGUAUUAGCAACAUGAGAGCCCUUUGCUUCCUGGUUGUAAUAGCAAUUUGUGUGUUGGGCAGUGAGUGCAGUGAUGGCAGGCAUAAGGUCUCCACGCAAGCCGCAUAUGGUGCAGCAUUUGACGAAGUCGUGGUGGACACAUCAUUGAAUAUUAGGCACAAGGCUUCGGCGGCCAGACGCCCAAGAGACUUAUAUGUCGGAGUUCCGCUAGUGGAUUAUAAGUUUUUGAAACGAGAAAAACGACAGGUUAACAGGCGUCGCGGGGGCGGUGGUGGGGGUGUCGGAUCCUCCAGUUCUUCGGCAAAUGCUGCGUCUCAAAGUCAUUUCUCAAGGCCGGGCGGACAAUUCGGGGCAUCGGCGGCUAACGCUCAGGCGCAAGGAUUCCAAUCCACCGGGCCUCUAGGCAGCUUCGGGGCAUCUGCAGCAGGAACCCAAACGCAAUCUUUCCAAGCUAACCGUAAAGGAAUCCAGGGAUCCGCUGGAGCAUCUGGGAGUCAGACAUACAACUUGCCCAAUGGGAAAACAGUGAGUGUAACAUUCUCGAACGGCUUCUCCGUUGGACCAAACGGGAGACCAACGACCAGUGGGGGCCAAUCGGUUGCCAUAUCAUAGAUUUCAAAUUGAAUCUCUAAUUUUCAUUCAAGCGAUGUUUUCUGAUUGCUGCUUCAGAUACCUAUGCUUUUUCCAUUAAGACUGUCUAAUCUUUGUCAUCUUGCUUGCAACGUUGUUUUAGAUUGGCUUUUAAUGAUUCUUCUCGGUAAUUCGAUCGCAUCGGCGUAACCGUUGCUUUCCUAAGUUCAGCAAAGUUCAGAUUUUUUGAGAAUACAAACAGCACCUGUGCAUGAAAGUCUUUACAAUUUCGAUCUAAUCUUGAGAUAUCGUUCUAUUGUUUUCGCAAUAAAUGUAUCCGAAUAAAUUAAGAUCUAGCCGUUACAGAUUAACAAAGUAAACGAAAAGUGCAUUGCCCUCAAGCACUAGCAACUGUAAUAAUAAAGAGAAUAUUUGUACGAUAAAAA